AUUAUUUUUUUACUCAUUUAUCAUAAUCAGCUAUGCAUAUAUUUAAAAUGUACAACGAAAUGUGUUGUUACCGUAACGCAUUUUAUUUCAUUUAUUAUUUUGUAUGUCCUGUCAAUCGAUUUAAAAUAUUCGACAUGCCAUACAAUUUUAUCCCAGAAGAUGUUGAUUUAUUCAGUUUUAAUUGUAACCAACACGUGUUAAUACAAAAAGAAUUCCUGAAAUACGUACGCGGUUAUAAUUAUUCCGCGCAGGAAAAAUAUGUGCCACCCAAUCAACCGAAGCAAUAUCCAUUUGUCAAUUCAUAUUACGAGUUUGCCGAAGAUUAUGAUGCUGUUAAUCGUGUGCCUCAUUUACUCUACGAGCAAUAUCCACGCCAGUCCGAUGAUGUUCCGUCGUCAUCAGCAGCAACAGAGACCAGCGAAUUAUCAAUGUUGCCGGAACCACCAACGAAUGAAACGCAGAGGACGGAUCACUUCACCGAAAGGAAGGCGCAGUUAGCGUACUUGAAUGCGAAACCAAAAUGCUUCGUCAUACUGGGCAAGCCGGGGUUGGGCGAGGAACGCCUCGGAAAAUUACUUGCUGAUUAUUGGCACUGCGUGUUUAUCAAUCCGGAAGCGUUGAUACAGGAAGAAAUUCGAUCGGGAAGCAGGGCGGGGCUGUGCAUCGAAUUUAAUCUAAGGUGCGGACGUUCGAUUAAUGUAGAUGUAAUUAUACGUCUGCUGGAGAAACGUCUAAACAGCGAAAGUGUAAAACACCGCGGUUUUGUAUUGUGUGGAUUUCCACUGAUUGCAAAUGAUUUGUUUACCGAUGACCCUGCAUCUUCCGAGUCGGCUAUUUUUAACGCACAAGAAAUUUUUGAGGAUAUAAUUGAGGAUGUCACACAGUCAGAUACUGUAAAGCAUGUUUCACGCACUUCUUUAAACAUGGAUGUAGAGAUGGAAGAGGAAAGUGUUAAUGUUGAAGAAGUAAAUUUUGACGUUCCGAGUAAAAAGGUUAUUAUGACUAGUUAUGUAUCCUCUAUGAUAAUCCGAGAUGAACGCAUUUGCUAUCAAAGUAAAUUGUAUGACAAUAAUGUAAAUCAAAUGGAAUUUGUGAUGUCUUUAUGCGAGCAACAUGAUUAUUGUAUUAUUUAUUUAAAGUGCUCCAACGAGGAGGUUGUUCACAUUUGUGAGGACAACCGUUACGACUGCCAUACAUUGCAAGAAACGAGCAUUCAACAUGAACGCUCCGAUAAUGCAUUUUAUUCAUUGUAUAAUAUGUAUCAGGAUGAGGAAGAGAAUUUUGUUUUGGAUGAAGCAGCCAAAUUAAAUCAGCGAACUAUUAAAAAUAUACGUAAUUAUCCUGCACAUGUUAGGGUACAAUUAGAAGCAUACCUAACGGAUACACAGCUUGUCAUUGAAAAGUACAUUUUACUUAAAGAUCCUCAAGAUAUUAUUAGAUUGGACGGUAGAAUGUCGCCACAUCGAUUAUUUCAGGUACUGCGGAUGCGAUUGAAAGUGUUACCAUUUUCACCAGCGAUUUUGCCGGAAUUGAUUGUAUCUUCAACUGUAGAAAUUGUUGAACCGGGAGAAUUUGAUUUUAGAAAUGCAGAUAAUUUGCCGUCGGGUAUUAAUGAAGAGGCUUCGGAAAGAGAUUAUCUUAUGAUGCGUUCCCAAAAAUGUCUCGGUCCGUUGUACACGUGGAAAUUGUCCGACUGGAAGUAUUUGUGUCCUGUUGCGACGAAAGAGGGUGACAAAGAAGUGGGUACUGCGAAAUAUGCCGUCCAUUUUAUGAAUAGCAUCUUUUUCUUGAGCAAUGAAGAACGGUGCAAUCGGUUUUUAGAGAAUCCUCGUCCUUAUUUACUCACCCCGUUGCCGUUUCCAAUUUGCCGCGUGUUUAUUAUCGGACCGCCGCGUUGCGGAAAAACUGCAAUAGCAAAAUGCAUGCAGCAUUUCAAUGGUGCCAUAUUAAUUGAUAUUAAUAUGAUUAAAGCAAAAUGUUCACAACUCAAGACUCGGUUGAGCGAGGAUGAUGCGAACAAGGAGGCACUUGAACAUAUGAAGAAGAUGCGUAAAAAAACUUAUUUAAAACAAGAAGCUAUUCGCAUGAAGAAGGUUAAUGCUUUUAUGUUCUGCAUUAUUGAACGCUUAAAAGAAUUACUUAAAUAUUUGCAAGACCCUUCGGAAAAUAAACCUCAGGACGAGAAGACUGAGAAAAGAUUUUCGGAUUUGAGGUCACUUUUUGAAAUUGAAUCUGCUGAUGAUUGCGAAAAGUACUUGAACGACAAGUCGCUUAUAAUGAAGUUCCUGCCUGAUAGUAUGCAAGAACCUAGUGUUUUUACCUUCGAUGUUAUCGGACCGGAGAGUCGUUGUGUAAUGAACUAUGCACGUUCCCUUAUUCUGAAAGCCGAGAGGUCAGUUUUGGACCAAACACCGUCGGAAGAUGUAGCUGAAUGCUUAAAUAUGAUGCUAAAUGAGUACCAAUCUAUGAUGGAGCAAGGUAAAAUUAGCGUUUGGAUUGUUGACGGAUUUCCCGCUUCUAGUGACAUAUUAAAACAAAUUGAUCGUGAUAAUGUUGCCGAUUUAAUUUAUGUGAUUGGCGAUUCUACCAACGGCGUAUCUUUGCAAAACAUGAGCUGUGGAACCAAUUGCAUUGAUGACAGUAUUCUGGAUGAAUUGCUUCGAGAUGAUGAUGAUGCCCACUUGAACUUUAAUUUCUCUAGUAUAAGUUUUCGUAGUGUUUCUGCAUUCGAUAAGAGUGGUGAAGAACUUAGAUCGAGGAUUGAUACAUAUCUGGGGAAAAUCAUGCCUGAUUUGUUGGAUACUUUGGAAGAGCUUUUGUACAAAUAUAAGAUUAUUGAUGUCGGUGCGCACCGCUUUGCAGAACUUUUGGCAGAAUUAAUUGAUGAUUAUAGAUUUGCGCAUAAUGAUUAUGCUCGCGUGGUGACUUCGGAAGAAAAAAUUCUGGAACCGUCUUAUUACGGUGAGUACGGUGACAUUGUAUCGGGUGAAUUUGGAGGAGAAGAUGCUGAGGAUUAUUCGGCUAAUGAAAAAAUAUUUCGGGAAAGUCGCCGUUUGGGGAAUACAGCAUAUUAUGACCCAGUUGUAUUUACGCGACAUGGAGUAUUGUGGGAAGGCAAGGAGGAGUUCCUUGUUAAUUAUUGCAAUAAAAUGUGGUUGUUUGCGACGGAGGGCACUAUGAGCAUGUUUCUUCAGGCGCCACACAAAUAUUCACAGCAUGUUAAACCGAAUCAAAAGAUGCCACCUCCGAGAAUUUGCAUUGUAGGCAACAAGAGUGUUGGCAAAAACACGCAAUCUCAAUUGCUUUGCAAGUGGUUGGGAUUAUUUUAUUUUGACUUUCAACAAGAACUGAAAGCCAUUGCGGGCGAAGGAUAUGUUGAAUCCAUGGUGUAUGAUGAUGCAAUUUUAAAAGAUUUAAUACUUCCGUUUUGGCAUGAUCCAAAUAAAAAAGCCAUUGGGUUUGUCAUGAAUGGUUUUCCUCGACGGCCUAGUGACAUUCAAUUUAUGCUCGACCACUUUGUAAUUCCGGAUUGUAUCGUUGAACUUCACAUGGACACUUAUCAACUGAAUUUAAGACUGGCGGACAUUUUAUUACAAGAAUGGCGCACGCAAAUAGAAAUCGAAAAGGCCAUUGAACAGCAAAAUCAUGAACAUGAGCUUGAUCAUUGGCAAAUUAUGAGGGAUAUAGAAAAACAAAGAUUAUUAGAUGAAAAGCGUCAAGAGAAGUAUAUCCAGAAGUAUUACGGAGAAGAUGAAGCCUUAUCAGAAGCAGAAUCUUUACUAUCGUACAAGUCAUUUCAAGAAGCGCAGGACGAUAAGGAAGUUGAAGCUUUUUUGCAGCAGCACUAUCCACCGCCGGUUUUAGUAGAUACUUGGGAAACUGAAGAAGCCGCAACCAAGCGACUGAGACAAGCUGCUGAAGAUACAAAUAAAUCUCAAUUGGAUUUACAACAGCUUCAAGAACGUGCACAAGAAGAGAAAAUACCAUGGCACAGAGUAGACGCUAACAUGGAAAUAAUACGCGUGUAUAAUUUAAUCAUGCAGAGUAUAAUGCCGUAUUUGUUUCGAAACGAUUCGUUUCUGGAACGUGCGUAUGAUGUGACAAUUGAAAUGGCAGAAAGACUGCUAGAAAAUGGAUAUUAUUUUCUAAGUCGUUUUGGAAAAACUUGCCCUGUUCAGAUGUAUGAGAAGUAUAAUCCUCUACAGAUGUCUAUUACAAAAGAAGCACAAUUCCAAUUGUUUCCUAUGAUUUAUUCAAAUUAUAUUUAUUACAUUGCUGGUUCGGAAAAUCGAGAGAAAUUCAAGAAGGAUAUUUUGAAAUACACGCAGCAGAAUUAUUGUCCGCUGCCUUUGGUGCGUGCUCGUGUCGCUGUAAUAGGUCCGCCUCAUUGCGGAAAAACUACUGUCGCAGAAAGAAUUUCAUCUGAAUAUUCUCUUGAGCAUAUCACCAUUGGUAAAGCAGUGCGUCGAGUGUUGAAAUACAUGUCAAGUUCGAUUUUGGCACAGCGCGUGCGUUUGCAGUUAGAAUGUGGUGAGGAACUUACGGAUGAUUUGACUAUGCAAUGCGUUGAAGCGAUGACGUUUGAAGCUAAAGCUGUUGCAUUGGGGUAUGUGAUGGACGGUUUUCCGAAUAUGAUUGACGAGGUGAAACUUUUAGCACAAAUGAAUUUGGUACCUCAUUUGAUUCUAGACCUAUCUGCGUCACUGGAAUAUAUUUUACAUCACUUGGAUGUGUUUGAAACACAACAUAAACCUCAAUAUUCCAAGAAGUUUGUUAAAUAUCGAUACGAUGAUUGGUUGAUUGAUAAAGAGAUCUAUCGCCAGUGGAUUGACAAAGAGUAUCAGAAUUUAGCUACUGUUUCAGUCGAACCUAGCCGGUGGAGUACGUGGGUUAAUGCACGAGAAAUAAUACUUGCUGUGUUGAAUGAAAUUAAAUAUUAUUAUCGAAAUUGCGGCAAGGAUAUGGCUCUGCGAGUUGCCAAUUUAUUGGUUACACCGUAUGAAUUUCUCUCGCGUCAAUCUGAGUUUAGGUAUUAUUGCCCACUUUGUUUGUACUAUGACAAUGCGUUGAAUUGUGGUGGCAGGCCGCCAGAUCGCACAGGCAUGAUUAGUUAUCAUGACAAGUAUUACUGGUUGUGCAGUGAUCAUAUUGAAGAGUUUGAAGAUAAUCCAACCGCCUUUUUGGGACCGAAUGUUCGCCAUACUUUACCCUGUCAAUUACCUCUAGUUGUUGAAAUAACAGAAGUGCCAGAAAAUGUGUUUUUGUAUGGAUAUUGUGUGGCCUGUCUUGCACAAGGUAGACCAGGGACAACUUACAAUAUGGGAUUACCGUCAAAUGCAGUUCAAUAUGGCGAACAAAUCUAUUUGUUUGAUAAUGAGCAAUGUAUGUCAGAUUUUGUUCGAAAACCGGAGAUGGCUAAAGGUAUACGUAAUGAAAUACCACCUAACUAUUUUCCUGCACGUGAUAUUCAGACUCUACCAACACUAGGAAUGCUUGAGCAAUAUGUCAGUACGCAGGUUAUCAAGGCAUUGAUUGAAGUCGAAGCAGUGCGCCCUUUAAUCCCAGGAUUAACUGUUGGACAAUCAGCCCUUGUGUGCCUAGGCUUGGUUUUAAAAGUCAACAAUCCUAAAACGUCAAAAGAACAUAUGGUAUUGUACAAAGAAGCUAAGAAAAAGACGAUGGAUGCUCAAAUGGAGCUCAAGCGAAUGGUGUAUGAAGCGAAAAGCAUGAUCAAUCCAUAUCUGCAUUAUCAGGAGCCGAUCCCACCGCGUAAGGAACCAUCUCCGGAUCCAUCUAUAUGCAUUCGGAAUAUUGUCGAUGCCCCGAUGAAACCUACACGCACAAUUUCGCAGCUUGACUGAUAUUCUAUUUUUUAUAUCAUUAUUUUGUAUGAAUAUCGUGCGCACUGGCCGUCGCCGCCGGUGCGGUUAAUAAAAUAAUUAAACGUUGAAAA